ACUUCUCAUUUUCUAUCCAUUUAAGUCAAAGCAAAUACCUUGUCCCAAAUUUGGAAUCCAACCACCGGAAUCUUCCACUCCACAGCUCACAGAUUCCUUUGAUUUCCUUUCACUUUCAUUAGGGUUUUCUCCAUUUCCUCCCCUUCUUCUUCUUCCCGGCUCCCUUCCCAAUUCAUCCACCUCCAUUUAACGCUCUCAAAUGACGGUGAAUAAUGAUAAUGUCGACAAGGACAAGUUGCUGGAGCUGUUCUUGAGAAUCGGCUUGGAUGAACGCACUGCACGCAACACCGUCGCCAACAAUAAGGUCACUGCCAAUCUCAGUGCUGUUAUUCAUGAGGCUGGCGUGCUUGAUGGAUGUCACAGGGCUGUUGGAAAUCUCUUGUAUAGUGUUGCAACAAAGUAUCCAGCAAAUGCACUUAUUCAUCGACCAAUAUUGCUGGAUUAUAUUACCUCGAAUAAGGUAAAGACGCCGGCGCAAUUGGAAGCGGCAUUUUCAUUUUUUUCUGCUGCAGGCUCAGAAAUUAAAUUGAAUGAAUUUGAAAGUGCAUGUGGUGUUGGUGUGGAGGUUUCAGUUGAAGAAAUUGAGAAAACUGUGAAUGAGGUUUUUGAAGAACGUAAAAAUGAAAUUCUGGAGCAGCGUUAUCGAACAAACGUGGGUGACUUGUUUGGCCAUGUACGGAAGAAGCAUCCAUGGGCUGAUCCAAAGAUUGUAAAGCAAUUUAUUGAUUCCAAAUUAUUUGAAUUACUUGGUGAAAGGACAGUAGCAGAUAACGAAAAGAUAGCGAAAAAGAAAAAGGAGAAGCCUGCUAAAGUAGAUGAUAAACUUGCUGCUACUGUUGCACCAAAACAGCCUCCAACUGAGGAAGAUCUUAACCCAUAUUUAAUAUUCCCUCAACCCGAGGAUAAUUAUAAGGUUCAUACUGAAGUAUUUUUCAGUAAUGGAACUAUUUUGAGAUGUUGCAACACCAGGGAGCUGCUUGAAAAACACCUAAAAGCAACAGGGGGAAGAGUUUUAACUCGGUUUCCUCCUGAGCCAAACGGUUAUCUUCAUAUUGGUCAUGCUAAGGUAGUACAGCUACUCUUGUAUGAUUUUUCUUUUUCCAAUUUCUGUCUUCAGUCUUUGACCAGAUAUUUUCUUCAAUGUUUUAUUAUCCUUAUGAUCGAUCAGGCAAUGUUUGUGGAUUUUGGCCUUGCUAAAGAGCGAGGUGGAGGCUGUUAUUUGAGGUAUGAUGACACGAAUCCAGAAGCUGAGAAGAAGGAAUAUAUUGAUCAUAUAGAAGAGAUUGUCAAGUGGAUGGGUUGGGAGCCUUUCAAGAUUACUUAUGCUAGUGAUUACUUCCAAGAACUUUAUGAAUUAGCUGUGGAGCUCAUACGGAGGGGUCAUGCUUAUGUUGAUCAUCAGACUCCUGAUGAAAUAAAGGAGUACAGAGAGAAAAAGAUGAAUAGUCCUUGGAGGGAUAGGCCUAUCGCUGAGUCAUUGAAAUUGUUUGACGAAAUGAAGAAAGGUCUGAUUGAGGAAGGCAAGGCAACUCUUAGAAUGAAGCAGGACAUGCAGAGCGAUAAUUUUAACAUGUAUGACCUUAUUGCAUAUCGUAUUAAGUUCACUCCUCAUCCACAUGCUGGAGACAAGUGGUGUAUUUAUCCAAGUUAUGAUUAUGCACACUGCACUGUGGAUUCUCUUGAGAACAUAACACAUUCGCUGUGCACCUUGGAAUUUGAAACACGUCGUGCCUCGUACUACUGGCUGUUGCAUGCUCUGGACCUUUACCAACCAUAUGUGUGGGAAUAUUCUCGUCUCAAUGUUUCAAAUAAUGUGUUGUCCAAGCGUAAGUUAAAUCGCCUGGUGACUGAAAAAUGGGUUGAUGGCUGGGAUGAUCCUCGUCUACUAACACUUGCUGGUCUUAGGCGCAAAGGUGUUACAUCAACUGCAAUUAAUGCUUUUGUUCGAGGAAUGGGAAUUACCAGAAGUGACUGUUCUUUGAUUCGGUUUGAUCGUCUUGAAUAUCACAUUAGAGAAGAACUAAAUAGAACAGCUGCACGAGCAAUGGUUGUCUUGCAGCCACUCAAGGUCGUUAUUACAAACUUUGAAAAUGGAUCAAUAUUGGAUCUUGAUGCCAAGAAAUGGCCCGAAGCUCAAGAAGAUGAGGCAUCAGCCUUUUAUAAGGUUCCCUUUUCCAAUAUUGUGUACAUAGAACAAUCAGAUUUCCGGUUGAAAGAUUCGAAAGAUUAUUAUGGUCUUGCACCUGGAAAAUCUGUCCUCCUGAGGUAUGCAUAUCCUAUUAAAUGUACGGACGUUAUCCUUGCGGAUGAUAAGGAAACUGUACUUGAGAUUCGAGCUGAAUAUGAUGCUUCCAAGAAAUCAAAGCCAAAGGGGGUCCUACAUUGGGUUGCACAACCUUCUCCAGGAGUCAAUCCACUCAAUGUGGAAGUUAGAUUGUUUGACAAGCUCUUCCUUUCUGAGAACCCUGCUGAACUUGAUGACUGGCUUGCUGAUUUGAACCCACACUCUAAAGUAGUUAUCCCAAGUGCUUAUGCUGUACCGGAACUUAGAAAUGCUGUCGAUGGGGACACGUUCCAAUUUGAAAGGCUUGGGUAUUUCACGGUUGAUAUAGACUCGACUCCUGAGAAACUCGUAUUCAAUCGGACAGUAACACUGAGAGAUAGCUAUAAAAGCAGCAAGUAAGUUGAAAAGAAAAAGGAAAGAAAGAAAUGCAAUGAUCAAGAUUAGAAAAAGAAAGUAAGUGUUGUUUUAGCUGGUAAAAAUUCCGCUUUAUAGAUCGUAUACGUCUACAGUUGGUUUGUCCAUCACACAUGUUAAUAUAGAUUUUGUGCCUUGUAUACACACUCAGACCGGUUUAGUAGCUUUAACUAUUUUUAUUUUCCA